AUGAUUAACGAGUUUUUUGAACUCAUCACCGAGAAGUACACUCCGUUCGACUGGAGCAAGAACUAUGAAUGGAGCACCUGGCCUCAGUUAACUAGGAGUGAAGCCGGGCAUGGCGCUAGAGCACCAAGUCGGUAUAUCCAGGAUCAGGAAGAAAACCAAAGCUUCUUCGAAGGGUUUGAUCCCCUUCCCGGAGCUAACGAGGCUAGGAAAACAGUCUCUCCUACGGACCGUAAGAUGUUGCUGAACCACUUACACUCCGCUGUACACGAGAUUGAGCUACCGCAGACCAGAAUUUUCGAACCGGAGCCGGUGCACUGUCUCAUAAGUCCUCUAAUUUACUGGGGAUGGUCAAAUGAGUCAGAAAGCGGGGACUAUGAAGGGGAGUUAUUCGCCCUGGAGCCAAAGCCUAUGUCGAUUAAACCCAAGCAGUUUUUCGAUUGGGGGUGGUUGAGGCAGUUGGAGGAUGGGGGCUGGGAAGGGGGUCCGUACGAGUUUCCCAAAGGUUCAGGAGAACUGGAAAGCGGGGAAUAUGAAGGGGAGUUAUUCGCCCUGGAGCCAAAGCCUAUGCCGAUUAAGCCCAAGCAAUUCUUCGACUGGGGGUGGUUGAGGCAGUCAGAAGACGGGGGCUGGGAAGGGGGGCCGUACGAGUUUCCUGAAUAUUUGGAUGACAUCGAUAGCGAUGAUUAA